AUGUAUCACAAAAAACCAUGCUUUUGUUAACCUACAUUUACACAUUACACAGACAAUUUUUACAUAUAGUUUGUGAUGCAAAUUUGAAAAAGCAAUAUUGGAAUCACGAUUAUAGAUAAGACUUAUCUAUAAUCAUAUGAUUGGAAUUUAAAUAAUUGGUAGAAAUUAAUUUUCCCCUAUUUGUUGUGAUAACGUUAACGGUUUGAUUAGAUUUAAAAUUUAAAUAUAAAAAAACUUUACUUUCUAGUUUAAAUAAGUGUGAGCUUAAUUAUUUUGAAUACAUUUUGUUAAAUAAUGUUCAAACCUAUCCGUUAUUUUUUAUUCUUGUAAAAAUUUAUUAUAUUUUUAUAGUAAACAUUUUUAAAAAGGGAUGUCUUUACUAUGUACCUGUAACAUUGAAUGGUUAAAUGAUCAAGGAAUAGUAUUAAAACGAUUUAAGUCAACUUCGGCAAAGUUAGCAUUAACACGCAACGACUUUAGAGAUAUAUAUUUAGAUGUAUCAGCUGACAAAAAUGUUGGACAGCGAUUUCUACUUAAAGAUAUUUCUGUCCAUAAACGAUUUUUAUGUGAUGGUAAAGCAUCAAUACAUUUUAAGAAUGAAAAAGUCAUGAUGAUGCUGUCUAAUGCUCCAGUAACACAAUUAACAGAAUUUCUCAAAUUGUUAUUUGUCAAAGUUACUGGACGCAAAGAUUCACCUCAGAUUAAAACUAGAGAGAGGUUGCUAGCAGUAAAAAGAAGUGUUACUCAAGAAAUUAGUCCAAUUAAUGCUAAAGAUGUUAGCCGUAUAUCUGUUUCUGAUAAAACAGAAAAUAUAAGCACAAAUAAAAGAAAACUAGAUGAUGAUCUCAAAAAAGAAGUUAUUAAAAAGAAUUAUUUGAUGUCUCACAAAGAUAAAUUAUCAAAAGAACAACUAGAUGUAGUCAAUGCAGUUAAUUCUAAACACAACAUAUUUUUUACAGGUAGUGCAGGAACUGGUAAAUCUUUUUUAUUGCGUUAUAUUGUAAGUACUUUACCACCAGACGUGACAAUGGUUACAGCAAGUACAGGUGCUUCCGCUUGUCUCAUUGGUGGUGUAACAUUACAUUCAUUUGCUGGAAUUGGUACUGGUGAAUGCACAAUUGAAAAAGGAAUUCAAAUGGCUUCUAAGUCACCAUAUGUUCAAACUUGGCGCAAAUGUAAAACAUUGAUUAUUGACGAAAUUUCCAUGGUAGAUGGUGAAUAUUUUGAAAAACUAGAUAAAGUUGCUAAAGCUGUCCGAGGAUGUGAUAACCAACCUUUUGGAGGUAUAAAGCUUGUCUUAUGUGGUGAUUUUUUACAACUACCACCUGUUAAACAAACAAAAUAUAGGUUCUGUUUUCAAACAAUCACUUGGGUAAAUUGUAGAUUUCAAUGUUUCAAUUUAAAAACAGUUCAUAGACAGACUGAUGAUAGUUUUAUACAAAUUUUAAAUGAUUUACGAAUAGGAAAAAUAUCACCAGAUACUGCUUCAAUAUUAAAAUCUACUGCAACCAAUUCUUUAGAACAAAAUGGUAUUGUACCUACAAGACUGUGUUGUCGAACACUUGAUGCUCAAAUGAUAAAUAAAAAAAAAUUAACAGAUCUUCCUGGAGUAGAAUCCAAGUUUGAAUCUUUUGACAGUGGAUCUUCUAAGAUAUUGGACGAUUUAACACCAGUAGAAAAAACUAUUAUUCUUAAACCAGGUGCUCAAGUAAUGUUAUUAAAAAAUAUUAGUGUAAACAGUGGUUUAGUAAACGGUGCUCGAGGGAUUGUUAAACAAUUUGACAAAAAUGGAUCACCAAUCGUGCAAUUCAAGAAUGGUUUUAAGGUUGCCAUUAAAUCUGAAAAAUGGAUUAUUAAAACUCCCACUGGACAAUUUUUAUCUAGACAGCAAUUACCAUUGAAGUUAGCUUGGGCAUUUUCCAUUCACAAAUCACAGGGAUUGACUUUGGACUGUGUUGAAAUAUCUUUGGGUCGAGUGUUUGAAGCUGGUCAAGCUUAUGUUGCAUUAUCUAGAGCUAAAAGUUUAAAAUCAUUAAAAAUCAUAGAUUUUGACACCAAGUAUGUUUGGGCUAAUCCAGAUGUGUUAACUUUUUAUGAAAAAUUGGAUAAGAUAAUAAAUUAUUCAACUGUUUAUGCUUUAGGGAAAAAAAUUGAUACUUAAAAUUUUUUUUUAGAUUUAUGCAGUAGAUUUUUAUAAAUUGUACAUUUUGUUAAAAAUAUUUUAUAUAGUGAUUCAAAUGAAAAAAUAAAGGAUUUAUUUUAGAUAAUUUUUAUUAA